GAAUAGGAAUGGCAUCCUGACAGUGCAAGGAUGGGAAGUCAAAGCAUCUUCGUUUUUUUUUUUUUUUGCUAAGACAAUCAAAAUUUUUUAUUAUUCAGAGUACAUGGGUACUCAUCCAUAGCCUCUCAUGGACACAGGGAAUGAGUCACAAAAGAAGAUCUCAUGGGUGAAAUGGGAUUAUGUAUGCUAUAGUAAGGAAAAGGGGGGAUUACGCGUGUCGGACUUACGUAGGAAAAAUUGGGCACUUCUAGGAAAGUGGUGGUAUUGGUUUGGGGAUGGUGUAGAGAGCUUAUGGAAAUGGAUAGUAAAGGAGAAAUAUUAUGGGGGCAAGUGGGAGGAGGUGGACAUUACAGCAGUUGGGAAUUGGAGGACGUCUAAGAUUUGGAGGGAUAUUAUUAGUAUAGGGGGGCGGUCUAUGAGACUUCGAAAUAUGUUGGUGGAAGGAUUUAAGUGGGACGUAGGGGAAGGGAAUCAGGUGGGUUUUUGGCGUGAACGGUGGAUUGGGAAUAAAACUUUAAGGGAUUUAUGCCCAAGGUUGUUUGAGUUGUCUACGAACAAGGCAUGUAAUAUUAGUGAUAUGGGAGUAUGGGAAGGGGAUAAAUGGUGUUGGAAAGUGGAAUGGAGGAGAGCAAGAAUAGGACGAGAGAAGGAUGAGGAGGAGGUGUUGUGGGAAGUACUGGAUAGUUUUCCAUUAAAGAAAGGUGUGGAAGAUUGCUGGAGGUGGAUACAUGAUUCAGAUGGUAGUUAUGGGGUAAAGAAGGCUUAUGAUUUUUUAGCCCCUACAAAGCGUGUUCUAGAGGAGCAGUUGUGUAAGCUAAUUUGGUGCAAAUUAGUGCCCUCCAAAGUGUUUUUCUUUGGGUGGAGAUUAUGUCUUGAUAGGCUCCCAACUAAGUGGAACAUUACGAAGCGAGGGGUACAUUUGCAGGAGGAGGAAUUAAUAUGUGUUUUGUGUAAUGACAUGGUGGAGGAAGCUAAUCAUUUGUUUAGUAUGUGUAAGGAAGCAUGGAUUUUGUGGGUAGAGGUGCUGCAAUGGUGGGGCAUGGUGACUAUUAUGCCUAAUAAUGCACUAGGAGUGGUAGACAUCUUUGUAAAUGAUUUGGGUAGAAUAAUAGGGAAGGAGAUGGGUGCUUGUAUCUUUCUUGUGGUCUCAUGGUAUUUAUGGUAUUGGAGAAAUGGUAAAGUUUUUAACAAUGGAAACAACAUUAGGGGAAGAUUAAUGGAUAUGGUUCAAGCCAAAUCAUUUUUCUAGAUUAAGAAUAAGAGGCAUGGUUGUGUUUUUUCAUUCCAAGAGUGGAAGGUAAAUCCAGUUGAUUGUGCUCUGUCAGUGAGAAGGCACAAACGAUUGCUGAAAUUGUUCCAUAAAUAGCAGAAGGGAAUAGUAGCAGAUUAAAGAUAGGAGGGUGCGGGUUUCCUCAUUGAUAGGCAGCAACAAAAACAAUUGUCAUUUCCAUGAAGAUUGUUAGCCUAUUUGUGUAUAGCAGCUUUUAUGAUGUCAAUUAAUCUGCAGACUGUAUUACAUGCUUAGCUAGUUUUGGCAUUCUAUCAUUCUAGCUGCUGUUUACAUUUAUAAUGGGUAGGAGUACUCCUUGUGCUUUAUAUAAUAAAUUUAUUUUGUUGAU